AUGGCAGCUUCCAACCUCUUCCUUCUCACUCUUCUUGCUUUGUCGACCAUGCCACUAUUCAUAGCCACCACUAGUGCUCGCUCUUUGAACUAUAGCCCGAUUGGAUUGAAUGCGAACCUUGAAGCCAGGUUGAAUUUGGAUGAAGAAUCAUCGAACUGUUGGAACUCUUUGUUUCAGCUCCAGGCAUGUUCUGGUGAGGUUGUCAUGUUUUUUAUGAAUGGUGAGACUUACUUAGGGCAUGGCUGUUGUGAAGCCAUUCAAACCAUUGAGCAUCAGUGUUGGCCUGCCUUGCUUGGCAUGCUAGGGUUUACAACCGAGGAGACUAAUGUACUCAAGGGUUAUUGUGAUGAAGCCCAUCAUAUUCAAUUUCCUUCGUCGACACCAUCAUCACCUAUUGCUGAUAAACCUAUUAAUUAA